AUGUCAAAGAGAGGACGUGGUGGAGCAUCCGGAGCAAAAUUUCGGAUUUCGCUCGGUCUACCAGUUGGUGCUGUGAUGAACUGUGCAGAUAAUACCGGAGCUAAGAAUUUAUUUGUUAUUGCUGUAUACGGCAUAAAAGGACGGUUGAAUCGGCUACCUAGUGCCGGCGUUGGUGAUAUGUUUGUUGCGUCGGUAAAGAAAGGGAAACCAGAACUGCGAAAAAAAGUUUUACAAGCAGUGGUAGUUCGGCAACGAAAACAGUAUCGACGGAAAGAUGGGUCAUUCAUUUAUUUCGAAGAUAAUGCUGGAGUCAUUGUCAACAAUAAGGGUGAAAUGAAAGGUUCCGCUAUUACAGGACCUGUCGCAAAAGAAUGUGCUGAUCUGUGGCCUAGGAUUGCGUCAAAUGCUGGGUCGAUUGCUUGA